AUCGAUGCUUUGUCGACAAAGGGGGUUGCAAGUCGACAAAACCUACCCCCGUCGCUCCUAGGUCGUCCCAAGGCCCCGUAUUGACCGGUGACCAGUGACCGUCCGCACAUCCAUCCUAACCGCGUACGAUGUCCAAUGCCCUUGGAACCGGUUGUCUAGGAUUAUCUAUACUUUCGCAGAGCCGCAUAUUUCCCAAGCAACGGGCCACACAACGGACCUGCGUAUCGCUAUCCGUAGCGGAUUCCUCAGUCGUUCGCUUUUCCACAGCCGCUGCCGUCUGGUACCUCGAUGCACCGGAAGGCGUGCAAGCAACGAAAGCUGUGUCCCCCGAUCAGCUACGGUCAUCCUUGGAGAGGACGCUGAUUGACUACCCUCAGUGGGUUGGCCAACUGCAUUGGGCCACUCAUGUUCCCGACGGGGACCAUACUCAACGCGCGGGACGUUUGUGCCUCACCUACGGUACUCCUCAGGACCCUGGUGUCGCAUUCAACGUGGCGGAGUUACCAGUCACCAUCGCAGCAUUGGUCCCACCUGUUUCGGAAAGAGUACAGGGCGGGUUCUGGGACGCGACCCAACUGCCCUCCGGCGAACUUCUCCCCUCGACUCCGCUACCCCUUCACGAUCUGGAGGAACACGUCGGUCUACCAGGACUCAUGAUACAGGUCACCAAAUUCGCUUGCGGAGGCGUCGCAGUCGCCGUCAAGUUUGCCCAUCCUCUUGCAGACGCACAGACGGUAGCGCGCUUCACGCACGAUUGGGCCGCGACAAACCGCGCCAUGGUGCUUGGAGUGCCCUUGCCAGUGCUGCAGCCCGUCUUCGAACCGCAGAAUCUGGAUAGGAUGGCCGCUGGCGACAUUGACGCUGCGCACGUUGACCCGGGACUAUUAAAGAAGUCCCGCGCCCUGCCUAGGCAUCGCUACGACUGGUGGGCAACCUCAACGCCGCACAUCCCGGAGUCGCUGAAGGCAGCGACUGAGGUAUCCGCCGCCGAGCCGAUGCCUUGGUCCGAAUGGAAUGUGCAGGCGCCAGUAUCCCACUACAUCAUACACUUCACCGCAGGCGAGAUCCAGCGGAUGUGGAAGGCAGCUCAGCCCGCGGCGUCCGCACAGACCGUAUACGUUGUCAGUCGCCACGACGCACUCCUUGCUCAUGUGUGGACGCUGGUGAACAGGGCUCGCGGUCUGGCUGAAGACGACCACCCCGUGCAUCUGAACGUCACGCUAGGGUUGCGCAGCAGAGUAUCGCCCCCAUUGCCGGACAGUUUCCUAGGGUCACCGAUCAUCCUGGGACGUGUCUCGAUGUCCGGACGGGAUGCCUCGUCCGAGUCCCCUAGCGGGAUCGCAGCGCGCAUCCGCUCAACGGUCAAUCUGUUCGACACCGAAGCUAUUGCUGCGCUCCUACACGACAUGGCCCACGACCUCGCACUUGUGCGCCUUUGGAACGCCUUCCUCGGUCAGCGUAACUUCUUGGUCACGUCCUGGAUGCACCUCGGCCUGUACGACGUCGAUUUUGGAACGCAUUCGCGCGCACGAUACGUGGAGGCUGUCAUGCCGAGCUGCGAUGGGUGUGUCCAGGUCAUGGAGGCAGUGCCUGCCAGGGAAGAACACCCAGGCGCGGGAGACAACAAGGAAGGAGGAAGGCGGAAGCGUUGGUAUGAGGAUGGGGUAGACGUCUCCCUGCAUCUCAAUGCGGAUGCGAUGGAGAACUUGACGCGUGACCCAUUAUUACGAAAAUAUGAGGUAUCUUCUGAUGGCAGAAACGAGGACCUCGCGUGCGUAGAAAUUGGGUGUCACGCCCCGGACGUCAUCCCAACAUUGACAUAGAGUUGUAUGAGACGGUGGAGAAGUUGUACGAGUUUUAUGAACUCGUUUGAGACUCGCGCCACCUGCGAAUCUUCGAGAGCAGCAGCCAUGCCGAACCGCUUCUUCAAUUGUGUGGCAUGCAGUGGCUUCCUUUGAUCGGCCCGCUCCCCGCCCCGCCUGCCCAUGGCUGCGAGAUUACCCAAAGUGUUGUAAGGGAAUACAAUUCCAGAAGGCAUCGCGGAUCGGCGGACAUUACUGA